GUCAAAUAUGAGCGGGUUUGUCUUUAGGAUUGAACUUAAGUAACACAUUUUGUGUCAUCCAUUGUUCACUACGUAUCUACUACUGAUUCUAUUCAUUGGUUUGGGACCCUUUACUUUCUUCCUGCUUCAAUCUGCCUCCCUUUUUCUUUAAUAUUGUAUCUUUAUUAUCUAGGGCCCCCCAAAGCAUAAUAUUACAUUGUAGCUUUUAAUGGCGACCGAUGGAGAAGGCAGCGACCCCAGUCACGAAGCGGCGCCCUGGCCCCUGGCACAGGUGCAGGCGCAGGCACAGAAGCUGGAGCCUCGGGUGGCCCGCAGACGCCUGUCCCAGGCUCGCCACCGAGCCACCCUGACAAAGCUCUUCGGUAACCUCCGGAGAAUCGUCUACCAGCAGUCUGACUUCACAGCCUCGAAGUGGCAGGUUCUGAAUAGGGCGAAGAGUCACAUUCAGGAACAGGAACAAGUCUUGGAUAAUCUGCUGAAGGUGAAAGAAUCCUUCAAACUGCAGGAUGGAAAUGCAAACAGCUUAGAGGAGGUCAAGGAAAACUAUGCCAGCAUGUUCUCCAGAAAUCAGAGGGCUGUGAAGCAGAAAUCUGUCUCCAUGGCCCCGGAGAUGACAUCUGCUCUCCAAGGCUCAGGGACCCCAGAGACUAGCAAUGCCAAGCCCCUGGCACAGCACAGAGGGGGCCAAACGGAGUCCCGAGGAGAAGGCCUGGGGUGGGGGCCCUUGGCCUUGAGCUUCAGGUCUAGGAGAUGCUGUCGUUUCUGCUCCAGGUACCUCAACUUUUACAAGCAGACAAUGGACCUCCUGACCAGGAACGGGACUGUCUCCUCCCAGGAGGCGACCCUGCCCGUGGUCUCGGCGGCCAUCUCCCACCUGUGGCAGACCCUCUCUGAGGAGAAGAAGGCCAGCCUCCUGCAGGCCUUGGAGCAGAAGCACAGCGGCCCGGCGGGCCUCGAGGGGGCCCCCCCGGAGCCAGCCUAUGCCGAGGACAGCAUGAAGGACAGUGGAGUCGACAGCCAAGGAGCCAGCUGCUCGCUGGAGUCCACCCCGGAGGAGCUCCUUUUUGAAGAUGCCUACGAUGUGGCAUGUUUCCUGGAUAAAAGUGAGGCGUCUAGCUCCAGUUCUCUGUUCGCCAGCUGCAACCCAGAGAACCCAGAAGAAAAGUUUCAGCUCUACACGCAGAUCAUCGACUUCUUUGAAGACCUCUGCUGUGUCCACACUCAAGAGAAGCAGGAAGCAGACCUUCCCAUAGACGACGAGCUGUUGAUGUUGCAGUGCUUGGAGACCUUUGAUGAUGAAGAUCUGUAGUGCAGAAGGGCUGGGAGGGGAGGCAAUGAAGGAAGUGGACAGUUUGCAAGUUUGAAUGCCCGUUGCACCCGCCUCGGCCUUCUGGGAUAUUUUGGAUGGACUCUCCCAGAAGCAUGUUGAUGGUUUUCGUUUUGAUUAUUAUAAAGCGUUAAGAACAGCGUGGCUCUGUGUUGGUCUUUCAGGGUUGUUUGGUGAAGGAACUGUCCUGCAGGGGACACACCUGCUCCCCCUCUGCUCCUUUGGGCGGGGUGGUGCCGGGCGUCGCUGAGGCGCAGGCCCUGGGCCUUCCCAGAGGAGGACAGGCAGCACCUGUCUGUGGAGGUGCCAGGAUCCUGGGUACUUUCCGUGCACUCUGGGUUCAGGUUGUUGUUCUGCGGGGUUCUGGAGAGUUCUGGGGACCACCCGUUCAUCCUGCAUGCUCUGGGAGCCCGGAAUAGUGCUGACCCCAAACGAGUGCUACAGGACACCAGUCAGGGUGGGACCAGCGACACCUGCUUCUUCUGGUAAUAAAGACCCCUGAACGGAGCCCAUGCCAGGUCCCAGCGCUUUCCAGUGAGGCUCCUGGACAGAGAGUGUAUCAUGUCCCUGGGCAUGUACACUGGGAGUGAUAUUUGGUCAAACAUGAUUCUAGAUGCUUCUAUGACGGUAUUUUUGAUAUAAUGAACAUGUAAAUCAGUAGACUUUGAGUAAAGCAGGUUACUCGCCCUAAUGUGGUGGGCCUUGUCUAAUCAGUUGAAGGACCGACUAGACC